UGUAAAUGGUGAGGGUUGAGAGUAUAUAAGGUGGCCUGGAAGAGAGCGAAGGGACACACCUCGACUUCCUCUGCUUUUUCACUCGCCUUAGAGAAGCACAAGCUUGAUCAGACUGUAGAAAUGGCCUUUGCUGGAGUGCUGGCUGAUGCUGAUGUGACCGCAGCUAUUGCUGCCUGCUCGGCUCCUGACAGCUUUGACUACAAGGCCUUCUUCGCCAAGGUUGGUCUGUCUGCCAAGUCUGCCGAUGAUGUCAAGAAGGCAUUCAGCAUCAUUGACCAGGACAACAGUGGAUUUAUUGAGGAAGAUGAGCUGAAGCUGUUCCUGCAGAACUUCAAGAGUGGUGCCAGGGCAUUGACCGACAAAGAAACCAAGGCCUUCCUUGCUGCUGGUGACAGUGAUGGUGACGGCAAGAUUGGAGCUGACGAGUUCGCUGCUCUUGUAAAGGCUUAAAUUUUCCAUCUGACCAAGACCCUUCUCUGUUCACGGAACCAGAACUCAUGCUACUGCUCAUCUGACCUAAGAUCAUAUUUUUUAUAUCUUAUUUAUGAACUGACUUCUACUUGAAAUUGUCCUUAAAGUGUAUUGUUAUCAUUAUCUGGACAUGUUGGCUUGUGCAAAUGUCUCAUGCACUUCUGGGGAAGAGUGAAAAACAAGGAAUAAAUGUAAUUGGUGUACCUUC